GUAGGUGGGAGGAGAAGUGUUUGACGUGUCGUUGUUAUGCUGUUAAGACUCUUUAACAAAAUGUUUAGAAAUUACACAUGCUAUUUUAUUGUAUCUUGGGACAACCCACUUGAAUUAUUGUGUUAAGCAAACGAAAUGUGAUUGUGAUUUAUACAUAUAUAUAGUAUAUCGACACCAAUUGCAGAUCGAAAAUUGGAUAUUUCAGGGGUUUCCUGCAUCAAGCACAAAUGGGGGACUGCGGUGCUCUUUUAGCCACAGAGAGGUACGGCAGUGGCGAAUCGUGGCAGUAUUUAGUAAAGGACGGAGUCCUGGAAAAGAGAAGGGACGGCGUUGAAGCUGAAUCGAGAGGAAACUCCUUUGUUGGUGUUUUUAAAAGCGUAUUUCUGCCUCAAGGGUACCCUGACAGUGUGAGUGGAGACUACUUGCAGUACCAGUUUUGGGAUACUGUGCAGGCCUUCUCCAGCUCUCUGUCAGGAACGCUGGCCACACAGGCGUCGCUCAGAGGUGUCGGUGUGGGAAACCAGGAAGCCACAGUGGCUGCGGCCACAGUCACCUGGCUGCUAAGAGAUGGAACCAGCAUGUUGGGAAGGAUCGUCUUCGCCUGGCUAAAAGGAAACAAGUUGGAUUCUGAGGCCAAAAAAUGGAGGCUUUUUGCAGAUAUUCUCAACGAUAUUGCCAUGUUUGUGGAAAUACUCGCCCCAUUUUUUCCUGCUUGGUUCACCUUGAUUGUGUGCACGUCGGGCAUUUUCAAGUCAGUGGUCGGCGUGGCUGGCGCAGCCACCAGAGCUGCUCUGACUGUCCAUCAAGCUCGCCGAGACAACAUGGCAGACAUCUCCGCCAAAGAUGGCAGUCAGGAGACUUUGGUGAAUCUGGCUGGACUCCUGGUCAGUUUGAUCCUCAUUCCACUCGUCACGGACAACCCGGGAUUGACCAUCAGCCUGUUCUUUCUCUUCACCGCCCUCCACUUGUUCGCCAACUACAAGGCGGUGCGUUCAGUAGUCAUGGAAACAUUAAACGAGGCGCGGCUCGCCAUCGUGCUGCGACAUUUCCUGCAAGACGGAUAUGUCCCAACGCCACUCGAAACCAAUCGGGAGGAACCUGUCUUUUUUGAGUUUAGGAAAACAUUACCUAUCAAACUUGGUGUGAGGCUUCAGGAAGUUGUUCAAAGCCCGGAGCAGUUCCGUUUGGCUUUGAUGAGAAAGGACGCACCCUUCCUAAUAGGCAUUACAAAUGGCUGUGUACAGGUAUGUUUGUCAGCGCACGCACACACGCGAGAUGAAAUCAGAGCGAUGUGUCAAGCUAUUUGGCUCAGUGAGAGGUUGAGUCCAUCAGGACGACAUCAAGAUUUCUGGGAAAUGGUGCACAAGAGUUACAUCUUGAUAGACACCGAGUUUGACCGAUUUCACAAAGGUGUGGAAGCUGCUGGAUGGGACGUGACUAGAACACUGCUGGACUGGGAUGAAUGGAGACUGGAGUGGAAGCCUAAAAUCAGAUGAAAACAUUCACAGAUAUGUGUGUCAGACAGAUGAAGUAAAGCUGUCCGUAACCUUGUCUUUUUAUUUCUAGAAAAAAAAUUAAGUGUUUGUUUGAAAUUAAAUAUAAAAGCAGUGUAGAAAGUUGUUUUGAUGAUUGAUGGAUGCAUUGUAAAGCCAUAAAUGUGAAUGACGUAGCUCGAUUUGUGCCCCAAACCCUUCAGACGCGUUUUAAGAUUGGCCUAAAACAACCAGGGUGAAUGUUAAAAAUUUGUUAAUUAUCAUUUUUUACUAAAUGCGUCUUAAGAAAUGUAGGUUUGAAUGUUAAUUCGCCUCUACAAAAAAAAUACACUGGCAGGCUGCGCUUGACCCAUAGGAGGCGUUUUUAAUCUGAAACACUCCUGAAUAAACAAACGAAGAAAAAAAACGUAACUAUAACUUCCGCCACAGGGUUGCUUUCUGUCCACGAGCAUGGUUAAGAUAUAUAAAUCCGCAUAUCUGUCAGGUUAAAAAAAAGUAUAUUGUAAAAUAUAUUUAUAUACUAUGACUAAUGUUCUGGUCCGUUUUAUAUAUCCAUUUUAUAGCAAAUCAGGGUUGACUGAAUCCUUCCAACAGUCUUAAUUUGAAAAGCGGAUGUAUUCGACGCUACGUUUGCCUACUUGAUACCUUGUGCUAGCAAAACAAACACGAUUUCAAUAAACAUUUCUGUGGUAAA